AUGUCAACAGAAGAACACACAAGCUUCAACUUUACGCCAGAGGUGCUGGCACAGGCACAGGCAGAGGCUGCAUCUGCGCAGGAUGAUCAUCCGGAAGGCGCGACUAUCCGCCGACAGGUCGAAUUCUACUUUUCUGACGAGAACCUGCCCACAGACCUCUAUCUUCUUCAGCAAUGUGGUGGACGCGAGAACAUUCCAGUGUCUAUCAGUCGCAUCUGCAGCUUCAAGAAGAUGAGAUCCUAUAAGCCCAAGUCACUCGUUGUGGCUGCUCUCCGUAAGAGCGCGUUCCUGGAGGUGUCCGCCGAUGGCAAGACAAUCAAGCGCAAGAUCCCUUUGCAGGGCAAGACGCUCCUCGACGAGGACUUCUGCAAAGAAGACAACGAGAUUGCUUAUGACCCUCGUACUCGCAAGCCCGCCGUAUACCCAGUCCCACUGCAGCCACAGCAGAAGAAGGUCUACCCAGAAGGCACAUCCAAGAACAUGCAGAAACCCACAGGCUUCGAAGACAGCUAUGUCGAGCCAGCCAUGAAGCCAGAGGAAGCCGCAGAAGAGAACAGGAUGUAUGACGAGGACAGGCCGUUCGUCGAACGCAUCGAGAUCGCCAUCCAGCGCUUCAAGCAGAAGCGACGUAUGCACGAGAUGUAUUCUAAGGUGUUCAACAAGCUCAUGCGCUACGGUGGUAUCGAGUCUGGGCCUCGAAUGUACCAGGGGCUCUCGAAGACAGAGAUGAAGGAUAUGGAUGCUGAAGAGAUUGCGCGAGUUCUGGCUGUUCACAACGUGCCUUGGGAUCGUGCGGAUGAGAAGCAGUGGACUGUCGACUUCCUUGGUGUCGGCGAGGCCUUCUUGUCUUCCUGGUACCCUGCGCAUUACGGUUAUGCUCCAGGCGGCGUCAAGAAUGCUUGCCAGGUCCUUCGGUCUUUCUACAACUACCUUCGAUACCACCGAGUCUGCCCAGAAUAUGACGAGCAGCUUCAGGCAGCUCUCAAGAUGUGUGAAACAGCUGAACGCGAGCUAAUUAAGGUCGACGCUGCCGGUCUUGCACUUCCUGGCGACUUCAACACGUCUGCGAGUACCUUAUUCGGUGGAUCGCAUGCUGGACUUUUCACUGGCGACAAGACUUGGGCUCAGGACGCGCAGAAAGAGGGUAUUGAUGUUAACGAGAUCGGUGUUCGUGAACAAGAAGCGCGCAUCAAGUUCAGCACAGGUAUUGCCGCCUUGGGCACAGACGAGCAGCAGGAUCUUCUCGGCGCUACAGACCUGAAAAUAGUCAAGAGCGAGUCGACUGGUCUUGAGGUCACCGCUAUUAACUUGCCCGACGACAUCACACGAGAGAUAUAUUCUACGCAGAGCGAGGUCGUGCGGAACAAGCUCGGUCACCUCAAACCACUGGGCAAGCUUAUGUGUAGGGUCUGGUAUGCCGAUGACUGCGACGAGUGGGACCUACCCAAAGAUAAAUACCCCAAUGGAAAGCCUCACAAGGUAGACCAAGGAAGGGAAUUCGAGUUCUGGGUCGAAGAGAGUGUCUUGAACGAAUGCUUCAUUGGCAUGAAGAUUGAUGCUAGUGUCAUCACACUUGAAGGCGGCAUCAUCAUCUUGGACGAGGUCAAGCAGACGCACUGCAGCUUCUACACUUGGCUCCCGAACGAGCUCUGGAUGGAAAACAAACCAAAGGAAGUGCGCUGGCGGGCAAAGGGUUUGCCGGACUAUGAGAAGGUCGAGAUUAACGGGGUCAACAAGGACAGUCAGGAGAAGGCCCAAGAAGAUGACGAGUUUGAUGACGAGUAA